AUGUCCGGUAGAAGUGCGCAUCUGCAUCAUAAGAUGCUCCGUGCAAUCAGAGAAAAGGUCCGCAUCAAAGAAUGGCUGAAUAUGUUCCUUCGAUUGAAACGAAGAAGCACUGCUGUCAGGGCAGAGAGGCGGACUGAGCUGCUGUACCAAAAGCUAGCCUUUUUCAAGCCUAUUGUUGAUGCUGUGGAGCAGGCGGUCUUAGGACUGCGCGACGCAUCUGAUGACUUUCUGAACUGCACGCACAAAACGCUGAAUUCAGUGAGGUUUGUUGAUUCAACAAACGACGAGGCUGCAGCCGACGCAGUUUACGGGGAGCCAGUUGGCAAAGCAAACGCUGAUGACGACCAAGAAGAUGCCCUCCCUGAAGCAGAAGGACAUGGACAAGGGAGGUCGACUGUUUCAAAGACGGAAAAUGACAACAGAGCCCGAAGUCCGACAGGACCACCUCCUUCCUUCGGUUCACAGAUGGAUCUGGACCUUGUCCGGUGGGAGCUGGAUUCAGCCACCAUGAGAAGUGUGAUCAUCCCAAUUGCAAGAUGGAAAGGCUCAUUCGAAGACCUUCAGGAUCGCAUGGCAAGUCUUUUGCGCUACGAGAAAGAGUUCGAGAUGCGAAGAACGCAAGUCCGACGCUACGACACGCUGGUAGAGAACGCAAGGAAACGGUACCUAGAUACGGAAAAGGACAGCGACGGACGAAAGCUCCAACAAGUGGCCAAGAUCAUGCGGCGCAAGGAGAUCAAGUUCGAAGCUAGCAAAGUGGCUUUCGAGAUCAUGGAGCAGGACCUCUUUGACACCCAACAGCAGCUUCUUGGCGACUGCAGAGAGUUUCGCACGUACCUCGAGAAAAUGGUCACUCUGCAACGCGAGGCCUUCUGCGCCGCUGCCACGUCUCUCGGCAUCGCUCCCGCUGCUUCGGCCUCCCCUUCCCAUGCGAGUGGAGGCCACACCGACGGUCCCGCAACCGAUUCCUCACUCGACAUUACCAGAACGCCCUCCUCGCGUGCAUCCCUUCCGCCGCUGCCCCCGACGUCGGCAGCUUCUGCAACCAGAAAGGCAUCUUUCCGCGCCGCGUUCGAGGAUCUGGAGAAGAGUGAGUCAUCUUCAGGGCACGUGAUUGUCGGAGGCAGAGUGCUGAUUCUUCACGAGGAGCGACAUCGGGAGGCGGAGUCCGCGGCGUCUUGCGCGAACGAGCUUCCAGCUAAGCCAGAUGCUGAGGGAUCCCCCGUCCUCUCGAGAGGGUCCCCGUCUCAAACUAGCCGCAAGGACGGGACGCUGCCUCGAUCACCCCUGUCAGAAGUAAAGGGUGGCCGCGAGGGGACCAGAAAGAAGCAGAUGCCCGCUGCGGACGGCAAGGAGAAUGUGGAGAGGAUUGUUGACGGAAAAGCUUAG